GUUGCCGCUUUAGAAAAGUAAGUUACAGUCAAUUAUUAUAUUUAUUGAAAUAUUUCGAUAUUAAUAUGUAAGUGUUAAAAUAGAAUUAUAAUAACAUCUAAUUAAAACGCAAAGUUUAUUGAUAAAAUGGUUAAUUAUGAUUUAUUUAAUUAUAAUUCUAUAACGUUUCCUGGUUCAUGACAACUAUGUUGUCAUGGUUAUUCGACAUUGAUCGAUUACACAGUGCCCGGCAGUGAUAAGUGAGGUUAAUCUGUCAUGUUUUUAUUUCUAUUUUGAGUAAAACAGACUUCUUCAUAAUGGAAGAGGAAGAUGAUACAGAUGGUAAAUUUAAAAGGUACAAAAUAAUAGUUUCCGGAUUAUUAAUUCACUUCUUAUUACUUUUGGCUGUAUUCGAUGUAUACUUUGCUAGUCCAAUUGACCAUGGAAUGUCUCCCGUCUUGAGUACACUCAAUCCGCCAGCUAAAAGACUUGUACUUUUUGUCGCGGAUGGAUUAAGAGCCGAAGCGAUAUUCGGAAAGGAAAACGAAAAACUUGCACCUUUUCUAACUCACGUAUUGAAAAAUGAAGGAAGUUGGGGACUAGCACACACUAGAGUACCUACUGAAUCAAGACCGGGACAUGUCGCAAUGCUUGCUGGAAUUUAUGAAGAUCCCAGUGCAAUUUUAAAAGGUUGGAAAUCUAAUCCAGUUAAUUUUGAUUCUGUCAUCAAUCAAAGUACUAAUGCUUGGGCUUGGGGAAGUCCAGAUAUAGUCACUAUAUUCAACAGAGAUAAAUUACCGAACAUUCAUAUACAUUCCUAUGAUUCGAGGAUAGAAGACUUUGGUAAAAAUGAUACAGGACUACUAGAUACUUGGGUGUUUCAAAAAGUAGACAAAUUUUUGAGGACUGAAAUCGCAACGUGCAUAAUAAACUGCAAACCAUAUUACGCACAAGGUAACAUCUACUUUCUCCAUUUACUUGGAAUUGACACAGCAGGACACGGGUAUAAACCUCAUUCAAAAGAAUAUAAAAACAAUAUAAAAUUAGUCGAUAGUAAUGUAGAAAGGAUCAGUAAAUUAUUCAAUUCUAUUUAUAAAGAUAACUUAACCGCUUUUGUUUUUACUGCUGAUCAUGGAAUGACUGAUUGGGGUUCCCAUGGUGCUGGAACAAAUCAUGAAACAGAAGUGCCAUUAGUAGCUUGGGGAGCUGGUAUACGCAAGAAUCACCUGAGACGAGAUGUUAAUCAGAUAGAUAUAGCUCCGUUAUUAUCAUCGCUAAUCGGUAUUAAUAUCCCUAUAAAUUCUUUAGGUAUACUUCCUGUUGAUUACAUCGAUUCCAGUACUAAAAAUCUAAGAUUAAUGCUGUUUUCUAACGUAUUGGAAUUAGCUUCAAUAUUCGAUCGAAAACGUAAAAGAACCAAAAAACAUGCGUUAAUCUAUCUACCCUACAAAAACGUCGAUGAUGGAUAUUUGAAUGAGGAACUAUCAAAUUUGCUGGUUAAAAGUGAAUCAUUGAAUGAUGAUGAUGAUAUCGAAACUGAGAAAUAUGAAAAAUUUAUGAACUUUCUCAUCAAUGGUAUAAAUUAUUAUCACAAUUAUUAUCAAUAUCCGGUGUUAAUAACUGUUAGUUUAGGAUUUAUAGUGUGGAUAGUGUUUUUAUAUGUGUCUAUUUUUGAUGUAAAAAAUUCACAAGUGUACAAUAGGAGCAACAAGUUCGUUAUACCAGUCGUAAUUGUAAUCACUGUAUUAUGUGCUGUAAGUAAUUUUAAUUUUUCUUAUUACUUAUAUUUCAAUUUUCCAUUUUUAGCAUAUUUUAUAUUACUUAGAGAUAAAGAUUAUACUAAACUUCCUUUUAAACUCUCGGUAUCAGCUCUCCUUCAAACGGUAUAUUAUCUGGUAGGUUUGGAAUUGCUUGUGUACGGGUUUUUUAAUCGCGCCUCGUUUACUGUAGUUAUGAUUUUGGUUGCUACUUGGGUGACUGUGUCUAAAUCCCUUCGAGAUAAUUCAUCAAAAACAGAAAAAAUCUGUUGGAUUAUUUGUAGUUUAGUAUUAUCUGUAUUUCCGUGUUUACCUGUUAUGAAAACUGCUUUUAAUGUCCCCAUGUAUCUCGCUGGAUAUACGGGGUAUUUAAUAAUGUUUGCCAAAAUAUAUUUCGUUGAUUUAAAAUAUUAUAAAAAGUUAGAAAAUGUUAAUUUCCAAUAUAAUAUUUUGUUGGUACAGUUUUUCUUUUUGCAUUUAUCGGUUGUGUACAUUUUUUUGAUAGAGUUUCAAUAUAUUUCGUCCGAUUCCAAUUGGAAGUAUUUAUCUUGGUUAAUAACUUUGAUUCCUUUGUUAGUUAUACCUUUAACUGAUAGAUUUAUUGCAUUAAGACUAAUUUCAACAGUAUUUGGUUUCGCGCCUUUCUACUUACUAGUAUCUCCUAAUUAUGAAGUUUUGUGUUCUGUAUUUUAUAUAUUUUUGCUUUACACUUGGUUGUUGAUUGAAUCUAAAACAUUCCGAUAUAAGUCUUCCCAUAAAAUUAUUUACUUUUUGCGUUUCGAUAAAUACAGUAGUCGAACUUCCAUUUGCUCCGACGAUUUUAGAAGAGCCUUUUUGUUCAUGGCAUUUAUUUUCGUAGGAUUUUUCGGUACAGGAUAUAUAGCGAGUAUGAACUCCUUUGAUCCAAUGUGGGUUAGAGCUUUCCUCACCAUCUUCAGUCCAUUCAAAAUGAUGGGUCUAAUUCUUUUAAAAUUCACUGUUCCUUUCAUAUUUAGUUGUAGUAUUUUUCGUGCGAUUAACGAAAUAGGUAAAUUGAACGUCAUGAAUAUAUUUUGUAUCAUUUUAAUUUUUUCCGAUUUGAUGGUAUUACAAUUUUUGUAUUUGAUCACUAACGUCGGAUCUUGGUUAGAUAUUGGUAGUAGUUUGUCUCAUUUUAUUAUAAUGGAAGCUUUCGUAACAGUCUUAUUGUUACUCUAUGGAGUUGCUUAUCUUUUGACCACUGUAAACUAUCGUUUCAAAUAACACUACUCGACAAAAUUUAUUUUAUCACACGAAAACUUGUACCAAAAUUUUUAAUGUAGGGGAAACUCGGGCAAGACAAAUAUAUUAAGGAAAAGAAUAAAAAAUACGUAGUAGGAUGAAACCCAUUGAAAAAAGACAAGAAUAUAAUGAAAGUAAAAAUAAUUUACGGGUGAUCUGUGGUGAGGAUGGGACAGGGGUGAGUUUUUAAGGGUAAAAAAAAUGGUUUACAUCGAUUUAUGGUAAAACUACAAGUCCUAUGGAAAAAAGUCAAAUAGCAAAUUUGUAGGCAAUAAGAAGAUCUACAACUUUUGUAUUCACACUUUUUUCACAUAACCUCAAAAUUUAUAUGAAAAAUUAAAAAAAUCCAGUUUUUCGUUUUUUUCCAAAAAACAUUUUUUGUCGAAAUUUUUUGAAAAGUUACCUUUUUAGGUCCCAUAUACACACGAAAUGUUUAUUUUUUCGCGUUAAUUUGACAUAAUAUCGUAAAAGCCCCCUAAUUUUCGAACGAAAAUUCUCCCGUCAAAAUAUCAGCUUUUUUGAAAAAGUUGGUGAGUUUUCUAUUUAUUAAAAUCUCUACUUCUUGAUGGUGUGAAAAAUUUUAUCAUCAUCAUAGUAAACUGUUUCAGAAAAGUCGAAAACAAUUUUUUUUAAUCAUUACGUACAAUUUUUAGUUGUUAAUUCGAUUUUUCCGCACGAAAAAUGUGAGAUUUCACGUUACAUUGAGGGACUUGAGUAAUUAGAGUCUGGAAUAUGAUAAAAAAAAUUUCUAAACAACAAUAGUCUUUGCAAAUUCCUAAUAAAAACUGUGAAACUUCAACAUAUCGGUUUUGCACGACCCCUCCCCCAAUUCUCGUGUGCCCAUCUUUUGCUUUAUUUGCACUCUAUCCAAUUUUCUGUGGGAGGUUCUUCUCUUUCUUCUGCUCAUUUCAUCCCUUGGUAAUGGUUUAACCUCCGUCGGGCGAGCCCAAAAAAUCUUACAGUCGGGUUAAUUUUGGGGUAAUUAUCUAAAUUUUUGUUAUUUUUAAAUUGCUUUAUUACACACAAUUACUUAAAGACGUACUUGUAGUAAAUACACUUAUAAAUAAAUUUUUAAGUAAAGAUAAAAAGUUCAAUUCAGUGCACGCAAUAACAAAAAAAUUAAAACAAAUUAUAAAACACUCUUGGUAACAUCAAAAAAUAUCAUUCGAGCUCUUCCUCUGUUAAUGGUAGUUGCAGUAAACGAGCAGAAUUUUUUGCAACUUCGAGGUCUGGCUAUUAAAUAACGAGACUGGUUACGAAAAAAGUUUUUAUUAUAAAAAUUAUUAUACAUUCGAAUGCUCCCCUUCAAUAUACUUCCUUCCCCUUGCCACACACCUCUCCAUACGUUUUUUCCAUUGAUCGAAGCAGUAAUGGAAGUCUGUUUUGGUGAGCGCCUUUAGAAGCUCUACCGUUUUUUGCUUUACCUCUUCCAUCGACUCAAAUCGGUUCUCUUUCAAAGCAGAUCGUUCAAGGAAAUCUGAGCACAUCCGUUGACGCAAGAGCUUUUGGUCAGGAGUCAGAUUUUUUGGCACCCACUUCGCACAGACUUUUGUAAUGUGUAAAAUUUUUCUAACCGUUUCUUUAUCGGCGUUUACAGCCUCGACAAUCAUCCUGAUGCUCAUUCGACGAUGUGUUAUCGUACAAACAUUCUAUUAUAUUACUGACAUACUACAAAGGAAUGAUCAUGCUAAGGUACUUGUCCAUCUGAGACAAAACAGUCUCGAGACUCGAGUCGCAGAUGUUCGUGUUGGAAAAGUUUCAGAAGUGUUGGAGAUUUAAGUGUUGAAAAUUUGUUCUUUAAAAUGAGAGAUGAAAGAUAAAAGAGUGUGGAUGGACGAGUCAAGGAGCUCAUCUUUAUGAGGAGCAUGAGUUUUUAUGGAAUAUCCAACAUAUACCUAAUGUAUAAAAAUCACUUUUUGACAAAAUUGUUACGGGAUUGAAGGUCAGUGGGAAAUCCACACUUGACGAAACCUGUAUAAUAAUAAUAAUAAUAAUCAUCAUGUUUACCUGAAACCAUAAAUCGAAAUGUAACCAUUAAUCUGAGGAGGAAUCGCAUUUCGAGUCUGAAGGUUUUCAAAUGCACUGCAAACGUCCGGAUCAAAUUUCUAAAUUAUUGCGCAUCUUUUACUUCCAGCUCAUUUACGUGUGUGGAACACGAUCCUAAUCCAUUUCUUCUAUCCACCCAUUUUCUCACCCAACAGACAAUUAUUUUCACUCUCCGUUUUCGGGAAAUUUCGUAUGCCACAAUAAAAGCAAACACCUGACGUGAAUCCAUUAAUAGAAAUAAAACAAUUGUUUAUGUGAUUCGGUUAUUGACUUAGACAUUUGUCUGUGUCUAUAGCAGUUGCGUAUUCAAUGCAUGAAGGAAUUUUCAUACUUUUCCUUUCCUAUGUGAAACAAGUAACUUGAUCAAAAAAUUUUCACUUUUCGUAGUAAGCUUUGUCUAACCAUUUCUAGUAGCUAGAGUUGUUGAAUAAGAGACAUUCCUUUUGGUCGGUUUCCAGUGGAUUUUUAUAGUCUGUCGAUACUUUCCAAUAUAUUGCAAACCUCUGCCAAAAUUCCCAUCUGGCAACUUUGCUUUAAUAUACCGAAUAAGUUAGAGAAAUACCAUCGGAGUUAUAAACAUAAAAAUUCGUAGUGUCCAUAGUUCAUAUUUCUAAAUAUUUUCUAUUAUUGUCGGCAAUUCGAUGUUUAUUAAAAUUUGGAUAAGCAACUUGUUGGUCUGGAGAAGUUAACUAUCUUCUGUAUAUUUUGUACGUUUUAUAUUAUUUAAUAAAGUUAUAUUGUUGAAAAAA